AUGCCUAUCAAGCAUAUUGCCAAUCCCCUGGUUCGAGCAACCAUCUUCGUCUAUUGCGCGGGAAUCCUUGUGAUGAUAGCGGUGAUGAAUUCCCUUGGCUCAGGGCUCAGUAGGGCACGAGCCAUUGGUGUUAUGGUCUCUACCUGGUGCCUUGCUCUGACACUAUCCCUCAUUCGCAUGACACGGACAGAGGUUGCGGACCGGCAAGGAAGACCAGUUGGUCCUGUCCAAUUUCUGUCCUAUUUUUUCACUUUCUUUUGGGGUAUAUACUUUGACCCAUGGUCCGAUGAAUCAAUAUCUGCAGGUCUAUUUGCAGGUGUAUCUCGACACACGGUUAUACUUCUUGGCCACCCCAUAUUCACCUUCUCAAUCGGAUUCUUCGCGGACCUCAAUUUGCAAAUUCGUCCACUUAUUGGCCUCGAAGGGGACCCUGUGAGUACCGCAUGCUAUUUGUAA